UGAAAGAAAACCAGUUUGGUGGAAAAACGCGCUUUCCAGAAUCUUUUCGAUAAAACAAUAAAUACCCGCCAGAAUGUCAGAGUUUGUAGUUGAAACGCUCGAAAAGACGUUGGAAACUUUCAUUCCUGACGCGGAACUCAAAGAGGUUAAACGAAUUUUGUACGGAAAAGAACUCAAGAAGUUGAUUCUACCCCAGAAAGUAGUGGAGGCUGCACAGGAACGGGAAUUUGACCUGCAGGGAUAUGUGUUCGAGGCCGCACCAGAGCAACUCAGGACACCUAGGAUUGUCCGAGUGGGUCUCAUCCAGAAUAAGAUCAUUCUUCCGACCGAUGCCCCUGUGCUGAACCAGAUCACAGCUCUGCACAAGCGAGUGAGUGAGAUAGUGGAGGUAGCUGCUUUUUGUGGAGUCAAUAUAGUCUGCUUCCAGGAAGCCUGGACAAUGCCUUUUGCAUUUUGUACAAGAGAGAAGGAGCCAUGGACAGAGUUUGCUGAAUCUGCUGAAGAUGGUUUCACCACACGUUUCUGUCAAGAGUUGGCAAAAAAGUAUAACAUGGUGGUAGUGUCUCCCAUUCUGGAAAGGGAUGAAAUCCAUGGAGGCACUCUUUGGAAUACGGCAGUUGUAGUGUCCAACACUGGGCAGUUCCUGGGAAAGAGCCGUAAGAAUCAUAUUCCACGUGUAGGAGACUUCAAUGAGUCUACGUAUUAUAUGGAGGGCAACACAGGCCAUCGUGUCUUUCAGACACAGUUUGGAAGGAUAGCUGUGAAUAUCUGCUAUGGCCGCCAUCACCCGCUUAACUGGUUCAUGUACAGCAUCAAUGGAGCGGAGAUCAUCUUCAACCCCUCAGCCACUGUGGGAGCUGUCAGUGAACCAAUGUGGUCGGUUGAAGCUAGAAAUGCUGCCAUUGCCAACCACUGUUUCACCUGUGCCAUCAACAGAGUGGGCACGGAGUAUUUCAAGAAUGAAUUCACAUCUGGAAAUGGGAAGAAAGCACAUCAUGAAUUUGGUCACUUUUAUGGCUCCAGCUAUGUGGCUGCACCUGAUGGCAGUCGGUCUCCAGGACUAUCUAGAACUCAUGAUGGGUUACUGGUAGCAGAAAUAGAUUUAAACCUAAACCGUCAAACGGCAGACAAGUGGAACUUCAAGAUGACCGGGAGGUAUGAUAUGUAUGCAGAUGAGCUUACCAAGGCUACUCAGAAUGACUUCAAGCCAAAUAUUAUCAAGGAGUAAACUAAACUUAAACUGGUCCUAAAAUGACUGGAACCUAUUUUCUGCCAGUGGUAACCAAUAAAGGAUGAAAUCGGUGGAAAAUC